CAGCCCCCGAAGGUAGCGGCUGCUCGCCUGCUCCAGCCCCGGUGCCCCCGGCGCUCCCCGGGGAAGGCGAGCGCGGCAGGUGAAGCCCCCUGGGAAGGAGGGAGGGAGACAGAAGACUCGGGAGCGGUGCCAUGCUGCACGAUGCCGGAGCCGAGGCGCCCCCGCCCCCUGCAGCCUCCCUCCCCCGGCGGCGCUAGGAGACCUUUCAAGUUGCAUGGCCCCCGAUGAUCCGAGGCUCCCGCCCCGCUGCAGGAGGGACGCCGGGGGGCCGCCCGUGCCUGGCCGAGGCGGGCGGAGGAGGAGAGGAAGCGGCGGCAGCAUGCCGGCAUGGAGGCGCAGCAGCCGCGCUCCGCACACGCCCAGCCCGGCCUGUGCAUGAAGCAGCGGAGCGGGACCGAUCGCGAAGAGGGAGCCGGCGGGGAGCGGUGAUGGGGCCGGAGCGCAUCCAGGCCACGGGCGGGGAUGGAUGCAGCAGCAGCCGCCGCCUGUGUCCCGGGGGGCGCCGUGGGAGCUGAGAGCUGAGCCAGGAGCCCCCCGCCGCGCGUGAGCGGAGCCAGGAGGCGGCGGAGAGGCGCCCCCCGUACCCGAUCGAUGGCGAACGCCAGCGAGCUCAGCAGCAGCAGCAGCCCGCACCUGUCCAGCCCGGGCGGCCUGCUCAGCGCCUCCGGCCUCAAGCUGGCCACGCUGGGCUUGAUCCUGUGCGUCAGCCUGGCCGGCAACGUGCUCUUCGCCUGGCUCAUCCUGAAGGACCGGCACUUGCACCGCGCGCCCUACUUCCUGCUGCUGGACCUGUGCCUGGCCGACGCGCUGCGCUCGCUGGCCUGCUUCCCCUUCGUCAUGCUGUCGGUGCGCAGCGGGGCGGCCGCCUGGCCCCACGGGCCGCUCAGCUGCAAGGUGCUGGCCUUCCUGGCCGUCCUCUUCUGCUUCCACGCCGCCUUCCUGCUCUUCUGCGUGGGCGUGACCCGCUACAUGGCCAUCGCCCACCACCGCUUCUACGCCAAGCGCAUGACAGGCUGGACCUGCCUGGCCAUGGUGUGUAUGGUCUGGACCCUGGCCCUGGCCAUGGCCUUCCCGCCCGUCUUCGACGUGGGCACUUACAAGUUCAUCCGGGAGGAGGAGCAGUGCAUCUUCGAGCACCGCUACGUCAAGGCCAACGACACGCUGGGCUUCAUGCUCAUGCUGGCUGCCGUCAUCGCCGCCACCCACCUGGUCUACGUCAAGCUCCUCUUCUUCAUCCACCGCCACCGCAAGAUGAAGCCGGCCCAGCUCGUCCCGGCCAUCAGCCAGAACUGGACCUUCCAUGGGCCGGGAGCCACCGGCCAAGCUGCUGCCAACUGGACGGCUGGCUUUGGCAGGGGCCCCACUCCGCCCACGCUGGUGGGCAUCAGGCAGGCCACCCACAGCCAGAUCAAGAGGCUGCUGGUGCUGGAGGAGUUCAAGAUGGAGAAGAGGAUCUGCAAGAUGUUCUACAUGAUCACCCUGCUCUUCCUGCUGCUCUGGUCCCCCUACAUCGUGGCCUGUUACCUGCGGGUCUUCAUCAAGGCCAGCACCAUCCCGCAGGUCUACCUGACUGCUUCGGUCUGGAUGACAUUCGCCCAGGCAGGAGUCAACCCCAUCCUGUGCUUCAUCUUCAACAAGGAGCUCAGGGUCUGCUUCAGAGCCCACUUCCCCUGCUGCCAAAGCAUACAGAGCACCCAGGGCACCAUCCUUUGUGAUCUCAAGAGCUUUGGCAUGUAGGGUCGCUUUUCUAUUAAUGAAAAAAUAGAUCAUUUUCCAUAUUUCUGCAUAUGCACUCCAGAGUGCUGGUUCUGAGGAAAUUCCGAUCACCACCCUGUCCCUAAACUUUCAGCUGUAAGAAGCUAUUUUGUUUAUUUUUUUUUAUACUCUGCAUAUGUCAUCUUCAAAAUAGAAGAGAUUGCUGCCUAUGGGCCACUUCCAUGAACAAAAUACCCCAAACCUUAGGCUGUAAGAAGCAGUUUUAUUUAUGUCUUUGUGUAGUUUUU